CCUCUCUCUCUCUCUCUCUCUCUCUCUCUCUCUCUCUCUCUCUCUCUCUUCGAGAAAGUGCAAUAGAAUGCUUCAACCUAUAAAGAAAACCAACCAUCCGUAGCCCACGAAGUAAAUAAGGGAAGACUUCCCUCCACCAAAAACAUAGAAUUCUUGCCUUAAGCCCACUCCUCUCUCCUCUCUUUCUCUCUCUCUCCUCUCUUCUUUUCUCUUUCAUAAAUACACAUAUGUGCAUGGCAAUCAUUGUGCAAUGAUGGUGUUGAGUUCUGAUAUACUUCGUCGUUCGUCUUUGUCAUCCUAGAAACCUAAGCAUCUUUCUUCGUAGGAAAAGACAAAAAAAAGAGUGAAAACUUGUGUGUAGAGGACUAUAUAGGAAACAUAUACUAUGGGUAAGAGUUGUCCUCUAUAUGCAAAGUUCAUACUCAGAGCACUAGCAGCUCUGAGUCUUGUUUGGCUUUUGGCGUUUGCGACGGCGGAAGCAGCUGGCGGCAGAGGAGCAGCACUAAACCCACCCUUGAAGGACCGGUCGAAGGGACAGGCGAAGAACUCUGAGGUGAUGGAUAGAGAGAAGAAGCUUGCUUUCCGACCGCAGUCGGAUCUCAACUACAUGAGCAAGAGGAGAGUUCCAAAUGGACCUGAUCCUAUCCAUAACAGGAGAGCUGGGAACUCGAAACAACCUCCAGGUCAAGCAUAAGUAUCGAGAGAGAGCAAAAGAGAAUACGACAGAAACGUGUGUCUAGGAUUGCUUAAGUUUGUCUAGACAUGGGAUUGUAAUUAAAGUUAUUUAGACACGUAUGAGAACACUCCGGUAUCAAAUGUUUGGUUGCUUGAUUGAUUGCCCGCAGUAUAUUCUCUUCCGGGAA